UUCGACUUAGUGGCUGGACUAUGAAUACACGCCUUUGUUUUUCACUUCACCAGGGACCGAUGGACCGUGAAGGUAUUACGUUAAGGAAAGGUGGGUCGCCAUUUGAACAAGGUUGGGGGCCACUGACUUAAUUUAUCGAUUUUAAAUUUAGAAGAAGGAGUAAGUAUCGAGAUUUUAUAACUGCACUUUUCAUCUACUUGCCGGUUAUGUCUUAUUUUUCAUAAUUAAAUUAUCAUAUUUAAUUUUAACAAUGACUAAAUUGGAAAAGCAAAAGGAAAUAGUCUCAAUUACACAUUUCAUAAAUCCUCAUCUAUUUUGGUUCCAUAAAAUUGACGCUUGUAACGACGACUAUCGGAGUAUAUUGGAAAUUGAACGGGAACUUGCAGAAUACUACAAUGAUCACCAAGCAUGGACAAAGGCGCAACGCCGUCCACCCAUAAAUGCCAUGGUAGCUGUUAAAUUCUUAGCUUGGAAUAAAAUGAUACGUGCACGUGUCGAUCAUAUUGCUGGCUUCGGCAAGAACGUUGCCGGGGGCGAAUUUGUAAUGUGGGCCAUAGACUAUGGGUUUCCUUUCCAGACAAAGACUGAUCAAAUUUAUAGACUACCCGAAAAAUUGACUACGCCUAUUAAUUAUGUACGUUGUGGCGGCUUGCUCAACGUCCUUCCAGCUGAAAAUUUUUUUAUGAAGAAUACAAUGGUCAAGACAAUUUCAAAUAAAUGGGAUCAGCGGGCUUGUGAGCUUGUUGAGAAGGCUAUAAAUGAUUCUGAAUCCAUAAUGUUCAUUAAAGAAUAUAGUCUGAACGGACAGGAGUGGGGAGAACUUGUUAUUAAAACGAAUAUGGGUGUUAAAUAUCGUGUAAACGAUCACUUAAUAUCGUUGCAUUUGGCUGCUGAUGCUGGACCAAAUUUUCGCGAGGAGUGCUUAAAAUUAAAAACUAAUAAGAUUUUUCCAUGGAUGUGCAAUAAUGGUAGUAGUAAAUUUCAUACAAAUCGCGCAUAUCUGUAUCCUGCAGUCGUUGGCAUAACCCAUACUGAAAUUAAAUGUCCCAAAUUGGAGUGUGACAAUGCUGCAAAGCAAAAAGUUGAAGAGUGGUAUGAGCGAAAUCAGUGUUCGUCUGGGCAUGAGGCAGGUCUCCUCGAUACCACAACUGAGUACACAAUGACGGAGGGAUCAGUGAUUGACGCUGUGUCCAUUCGGAAAUACGAUCAGCUACUAGAAGCCGAUCUAACUAAAAUAGAGGAACAUGAGGAAAAUCAGCACAUGCAGCUGGCCGGGGUAUUAUCAAAAUCGCGAGUGGAAAAAUUUGUUGAAGGGAAUGAACGCGAACCCCCCCUUCCAGACAACUUAGAUUUUGAUAUGAAAGCUGGUAAUACGAGAUCCAAUCGAACUAUAGAAACCACAGACAGUGAAAUAAGCGCAAUUAACUAUAUACGUUUGGAUGAUUCCACCGCAAAUACCACCGAUGUUUUUCAUUCAAAAAAGACAUCUCGUGACAACAAAAAAUAUAGUCCCACCAAUGUCAAUCCUUGGACGGCUACAACAUCCACUAAAUCCCUUUCCGAUGAAGGCAAAUAUGAAUCCGAAAGCAAGUCGACAUCAAAAUUUACUGAAAAUUUACAAAAGUUCGAUGAAGUUUCUGUAGUACAAGAGGACAUUGGUUCAUUUGCAGAAUAUUUAAUCACAUUACGAAAUCAG